GCAUUGUGUACAGUUUAAAAGUGCGCGCACAAUGUGUGACUGUAAUCCAAGUGGAUAAUAUAUUGAUGACAACCUUAAUAUAGUAUACUCGUUGUGAUGAGAAAGACAAUCACUGAAGCUAGAAGAAUUGGUUCACUAUACAAGUUUUCUAAACCUUUACAAAAACAUAAUAAUCUGACAAAUAAUUUACGAUGGUUUUUUGUUUUAGACUUUGAAUCCACAUGUUUUGCUGAGAAUAAUGGACAAGCACCAGAAAUUAUUGAGUUUCCUGUUGUUGUAUUAGAUUCAGUGACUGGAACAAUAAUUGACUCAUUUCAAAGUUUUGUAAGACCUACAGAGAAUCCUGAAUUAAGUGUGUUCUGUUCUAAUUUAACUGGUAUUCAACAGUCUGAUGUAGAGAAUGCGCCUACUUUGGGAGUUGUUUUAAAGAAGUUUGAAAUUUGGCUUCGAAGAACUAAAGAGACUUUGGGAUGUUCUUUUAAGGGUCAACCAACAACGACAGCUAUUUUUGUCACUUGGACUGAUUGGGAUAUAAGUAUUUGUCUAUGGGAUGAAUGUCGACGGAAAAAGCUUCCACUGCCUGGUGAUAUGUUGAAUCGUAUUGAUCUGAAGGCUAUAUUUCAACAAUGGCUUGGCUCUCAUAAAGUUGCACAGAAUUGGCGUGGUGGUCUAAAAGAUGCACUUCACUUGGUGGGAUUACGUUUUGAAGGUCGACCGCACAGAGGAAUAGAUGAUGCUAAGAAUACAGCUCGACUACUGCUUCAUUUGCUGUCAAAAAAUAUUCUUGACUUAACAACUUCAUGAUGAAAUUUGUUUUGUAUAGAAAAUAAUGUAAAUAUAAUCUAUUUGAUACUA